AUGAAGAUUGUCUUUCCGUUAGAUGUUGAAGGACUUGAUGAAUCCACUAUAAAUAAUCUGAUGAGUAUUGGGAACUCUAUCUCAAAAAUUAAGGAAAGUUCUCUUAACAUAUUUUUCGUACUUUCCUGCGUAGGAGUAGUUGUCAAUAUUUUCCAUUUAUUCAUUCUAACAAGAAAAUCAAUGGUUAACAAUAGUAUACAUGUGAUGAUGAUUGGAAUAUCGGUAUGCGACUUGCUGCUAAUGAGCCUCGGUGUGUACGGUCAUUUUGACUUUUUGCUACGAAAUAAUGAUGAAUGUUCACCGCCACAAAGUUAUGUUUAUAAGCUUUUUGAGUUUUGGAGAAAAGCUCUACAGGACCACUCUCGAAGAGUAUCUGCCUGGUACGGUGUGAUGAUGGCAUUAAUGAGACUUCUAAUUGUUAAAUUCGUCUUGAAUCCAAAGUUUGAUAUAUUAUCGAAACCUUUAUUUUCAUACAUUUUUAUGAGUGUUGCAUUUAUUGUAAGCAGUGGAAUGACAUUAUAUUUUUGGGUUUGUUUUGAAUAUAUAACGAUGGAAAUUUGGAAUCCUCCAAAACAAUGCACUGGGUUUCCACCAAAUUUUUCUAUGCCUCGAUACAAAUCCUCAUUAGAAGAUAUAAGUUUAAUUAAACACCGCGCUGAUCUAUUAAUUUUUGUUUUCAUUGACGGAUUUUUCAAAAUUAUCCCCGCGAUAAUGUUCCCUAUAAUAACAUUUUUGUUGAUCAAACAACUCCGAGCGGCUAAUUCAAAAAGAAGACAGAUAUCACAACGAAAUGGAUCGGAAAAUAGUAAUGCAACAGAUCAGACAACUAAACUAGUCACACUAAUGGCAGUCACAUUUAUUGCGGCUGAGCUUCCUAAUGGAACUAUAUACAUUAUACAAGUAGUAAUGUCUGAUUACGCUGCGAUUGUAAAAAUUGGUUUUGGACUCAUUGAUAUUUUGGCAAUUUUCGUAGCAUUAAAUGCAACUAUUCAUUGUUUGAUCUGCCUUACAGUGUCAUCACAUUAUCGAAAAACUGUGAAAGACGUUUUCAAGUGCUGCAGAAAAAAUUCCAUCACAAAAAUCGAGCCAACAGUCCCUGGGAAAAGUUUCACCAUGGUAAAGCAAAAAGCUAUGGAGUAA